CGGGCUUGGCGCCAAGCGCGGGCGUAGGUGAGGGAGGCGCCUCCGGGCGAAGGGCAAGCGCGGCUGGCGGCUCUUCCCUCCGCCGAGCUGGGAGAGGUGGUGCGGAGAGCCCCUCAUCACAGGCUGAAAUAAGUGUUUCCUGGGAGAGGACGCGAUAACCGGAAGCGAUUUUGGAACGCAGAAUGCAUGUCCUUCCCAGAUGAGGCACCUCUGCAACUGAAAAAAUCAAAUGUCAGGACAUCAGUAGCUACUACUUCAAUUUCCAGUGCAUGGCUUAGGUGUGGGGAUGGAUUUCAGAGCACUUCUGUACUUGAGUCUCUGAAACCUACCAAUAAGCAAUCCAGGAUUAAGAAGCAUCUUGGACCACUGCUAACAUCUGCUGAAAGCACAGUAGGAUCUUCUGCUGCUGAAAGCUCCAAGGAUUCUGAGAGCAUAGUAUGGAGCUCUAGUGGCAGUGAUUUUUCAGAUGAUGAAAAUAAAACAUUGAUUUCAAGGUUAUGUAAUGAAAAAAGUCAUGCUUCCAAAACAGAGGAAUCAUAUAGCAGACAUGAUUUAUUGUCAGAGGACAGAAGUGGUGAAGAUGAACCACAAUUCAUUGAGUGGGAGAAGGACAGUGAUUCUCCCAGUAAGUGUGGAUCAGAAAAAGAUGAUGGUUCGCUGUACAUAUCAGACUCUGACUCCUGCACAAAUCUAAAUUCUCUGCCUGCCAAAGAGGAUAAUGAUUACCUUUUUAAGACAACUUCAACAGAAAUUUCUGAAUAUUCAUCUGAUAAUAACAGCGUGGAAGAAAGCGAAAUGGACAUGGAGACUACUAAUCUAGGAUUCACUGAGAGGUUACAAUUGAAUUUAGCACUGGAUACAGGGAAGGUUAUGACAAGACCUGCCAGUGACUGGCUAAAGUCUGCACAGGCCCUUCUACAAACACCUAAGAAACUAUCAAACAAGGCCUCAAGAACCCCAGAAGAUUCUGCUAAAAAGAGGAAAUUACUAAGAGGAGGGCUAGCUGAGAGGUUAUGUCGACUGCAGAACAGAGAAAGGUCUGCCAUUAGCUUUUGGAGACAUCAGUGUAUUUCAGAGGUUGAAAUCCCACCAGAUAAAUCUGGUGUCCUAAUUGUGAAGAUUUUAGAAGUGUUUGAGGAGUGUACAAUGCAAGUUGCCAUCUGCCAGCAACUGGAACAGUCUCCUGCGGUGACUGCCUCCAAAGAUGUUGUCACCAGUACAGUAGAACCAAUACUGAAAGUCCUCUUUGCAAGAGAAACAGCAGCUCACCUGAAAAGUGGGCCACAGGAUAUCAUCCACAUCUAUCCUCCAUGGCAAAAACUACUGCUCCGAAAUGCAGAUGUUCCUGUUAUCAUGAAUACAUACUUCAGUCAGAAGGUGCUACUUAGUGAACACUUAGAGACAAGAGAGAAGACACAUGGUCCUGCAAAGAUGCUUAUUAGAAAAAAUAUUAUAUCUUUGGCACAGACAUUUAGAUUAAAUGACAGUGAAGAUGAUCUACCACAGGAAUCUUCAGAAAAUCAGGUUGCUUGUGCUCCAGAGACUACACAAAUCCGUAACAAGUGUGAUUCCAAACUGCACUCCUUAGCCCUCAGUACUGUUAAUGAUUCUCUGCUUGAAAUGGUAGAAAGUCAGGGAGCAGUGGGAUGGAGAGAAGUGCAGGUACGAGUGGUUAUCCAAAGGGUGUACUGUUUGCCUGCAAAAGAGGGUUUCAGAUGCCAGGUUCAAGAAAACAAGCCUACUCAUGCAACAUCCAUCAUGAAUUCAGACCAACCAAACGUUAGGUUAUGCCUCCUUGUCCAGGAUGCCUAUGGGAUGUUUAGUGAAGUACAGUUGCAAUCCCUGGAUUCUGCAGAAGGCAUUGAACAGUAUUGCAGAAGAUGGGAAGGAAAAUUUUGCUGCUUAGCUGGAAUGAAAAUUUUGCAGAGAACCACAAGGGGAAGGACGUUAGGACUUUUUAGUCUGAUAGACAGUUUGUGGCCUCCAGUCGUUCCUGUAAAAGUUCCUGGACAAAGUCAAGACUCUGAAAUGAUGACAACUAAUCUGCCUCCUCCCAGCUUCUGUUAUAUUCUUACUGUUCAGUCUGGUGAAAUACAUGUGAAAGUAGAUGAGGAAGAACAGAUUUCUAACUUGUACCAGCCACCAGCUGUUCAUGGUCUAAAGGAAAUUCUUCAGAUUGACGGUUGUAAUGUACGCUGUAGCUUUUGGGCACGAGUGCUAUAUCUAAGGCCACAGACAAAACAUAAUGUUCCUAUAAAUCAAAGGGAGAUUUGGCUGUUUGUGACCGACUUCACGUUGCAAAACAUGGUUCACGUAGUUCCAAAAGUUGUCGCUGUGUCAGUUGCUGCGUCCUGUGUUCUCGGUACGGAGGUGAGGGAAGCCCUCACUGUCGCCUCGCGCCUCGUCUUCUUCAGGGACGCACUGUGGGGAAAUGGUAGGAUUAUUUGUGUUGAACGUACUGUUCUCUUAUUACAAAAGCCUCUUUUGUGCUCGGCUGCUGGUGCUGACCUCGGUGAGCUGACUGGCCCUGUCAAACUCGAUGAGCUGGAUUCUGCCACACCGGCCAAUUCCGUCUGUACUGUAAGAGGCACUGUUGUUGGGGUUAAUGAGAGCACUGCUUUCUCCUGGCCUACAUGCGACAAAUGUGGCAAUGGAAAAUUGGAACUUUAUCCCCAGGACAGCAAAUUGCUGUAUUGCCACCAGUGCUCUGAAGUUGUGAUUUCACCAGUUUUGAAAAUGCAACUGGAAGUCUUUUUGAGUUGUCCAUCUCGAUCUCAAAGUACAGUAAAAGUAAAGCUGCUACAGCAGACAAUCUGUUCUCUGCUGAUGUCCUCUCCCACUGAGGAUGGGAGUUAUGAGGUGAAGAGCGUGCUGGGAAAGGAGGUGGGGUUUCUGAACUGCUAUGUCCACUCUGUAACCAGCCACCCUAACUGUGUUGGACUGGAGGAAAUUGUUCUUCUGGAAGCAGUGAGAAACUGAACUGAACACUGUCAGCUAUUGUAAUAUCUAUGGACUUUGUAUUGUGGUUAUUUGUUAACUAUUGCCAUAGAUAAUGCGCAAUGCGAACGUGAUAAGUAUUAAAAUAGUUUAUUAAAACUGUGAUUUAUAAAGCACAUAAUUGCCAACACUGAAAAGCCUAUAAAAACAAUCAUCUGUUCAAUUUUCUGAACUCUUCUUUUUCUGGUGAAUUCAGAAGUUAGCAAUACAGUUCUUCGGAAUGUUUAUUGUUUAUGAAUGUAAAACAUCUUGUUCUGGAAUUUUGAAUGGUUGUAAAAAUUUCAGAGGAUGUUUUUGUAAUGCUGUCUAUUUAUUGUCAAUGGAAAAUAUUUUACUGAUGCUUUUGAAAUAAAUAUUUUGCUAUAGAUAGUGAAUAUCAAUCUGUUAGGCUGACAAUUUCAUCAGGUUUCCAGAAGUACUGGCCGCUGCAAAACAGUGUUAUGUGCUAAGUCUAAAUUGUAGAAUUUGUUAUCAUUUUGCAAUAAAUAUUAUAAAUACAGAUUUGAACAAA